CGAAUGAUCUCAUUUCUGUUUCGAUCAAAUUCGCUAAAGACAAAACAAAGGCGUUGUUUUGUAUAUAAUUAACCCACACAAAUAUGUCUAGAUUGUAAUGGUGGCGCUGAAGGGUCAAUGAAUAGCUUGAAAUGGUGAAAUGGAAAGGAUAUGUGUUUCUGUGGACGGUGGUACUGCUGUUUCCAGCUGUUACCAAUGGGCUUGUGAGAGAGAGGAGAGUGCUGAACGAGCCAGGUGAUGUAGGAAAGAAUGGAAACUCUCUCAUGCCAUCAAAUAAACGACAACAAAUAAUAUACCUUCUAAACAAGACAAAAACUAAUGACCUUAGCAAGCGAAACGAGGAACCGCCGAGUACCAUCAAGAUGGAGUCGCUUGGUAAAGAGUUGACUGUGGAUGGUCGAGUGGUUAGCAUGACUACUUUGCCGUCAAAGGUUCAGUCUUUCGCGUUUUAUGGUCCAUCAGAAGAGCUCCAUGGAAGAGGGUUUAAAGAAGUUGAGGUAAAUAAAGGUGAUGGGCCACCAAGAUUAUCUCAAGGAGAAACUCCCUCAGAGAAACCUCCUACGCAGACAAAAGCUUCUCCUAAAGAACAGGUGAUAAGUGAAUCGGUUAAGCAGACGUUAACCAACGGGCCAGUAAAAAAGACAAUUUCUUCUACUGUGCAGGACAAUACACAGUCUGGUACGCAAAAGUCCGUCAUCAGUAAGAGCAAUCAAGAGCGACCAAUGUCAUUACAAGAUGAAGAGCAAUCUUCCAAGUCUCGCGUAAAAAAUAGUUACAUACGUCUAGGACGACUACAGGACGGCGAGAUCGUUCCACCAAGACAUCGUAUAGAACCAAACGUCGUCUCCAUUUCUCAAGACGACAUCGAUAGCACUGAUGCCUACUAUCCUCCAAGGGUGCACUACGACCCAGGCGAUCACAGCCGGCUACUGCUGCCUGGAGAGGAGCCCGAUGAGCGGCCCGCAGAGAGGUGGCGGGUGCCUAGGAGGAGGUUCUACCAUCAUAGCCACCAUCAUACGUACUACCCGCCGGAUUCCUCGACACUUCCACCGUUCAGCCCGGAGCAGGAAGCCCCAUUCAGAAGGGUAUUCUAUCAGCCGGUAAUGCAGGUUCCUGUGAUGCAGCAACAGAUAGAGCCACAGCAGGCAUACCUACCUCCGGGAUACGGGCAGACAGAUCCCGGUCUACCACCCCUCAUGACAGGGCCAGCACCUCCUCAGCUCAUGUACCCUGUAGCUCCCGUACCUGUUAGCCCAAUGCAGCAGGAAGGGGAACCGUAUGGACAACAGCUUCAAGGAAGCGAUGGAAGAGGGUAUAGGGGAGAGGAGUAUCGGGAUAGUCCGCAGCCUCUUGCUUCUCAUUGGGUGGAUGAACAGGGAGGGGCCAGGAGCAUGGUGGGCGGGGAGGUUCCUAGACCGGAACCACUCCCUGAAUAUCGUUCCGAUUUGGAAAGAGACAGCUAUUACCGUGAAAGUAGAAGAAGGAGCUACUUCAGGGACAGAGAUGAUGCAUACUACGAUGACAGGCGAGAGGACGAACCUAGACGAUCCAGGUACCGCGACUUUAGGGAUGAUUAUGAUGAUGGUCGGCCACGGCAUUUUUCAAGAAGAUACCCCGACAUCAGAGAAGAGGAGAUGGACGAGCGAGAACCUCAAGAGUAUAGGAGUUCCUCGUACGUCGACGAGAAUGCUGAUACCCGAAGUAAUCCGCCUAUGUAUCGCGGACCCCCCCCGUACGCUGAAUACGAAAGGCCUCGAGGUACCCCGCCAGAAUAUCGAUUCCCCUCAGAAGAACCCCCGCCAUACGCCGAAGAGAAUGCAAUCAGCCGAAGCAAUCCCCCAGUGUAUACCCCCAAGGAAGAAGACGACGACGACGACGAUGACGAGGAAUCUGAGACAGAAGACUCACAGACAACUUUACAGGACUCAAGGGAUGAGCCUCUUGAGCAGCCGCCAGAGCCGCUACCACAAGAGGCAGUAGAACAGCCAGCGAGGAAAGCACAACCGCAGAGCCAGCAACAGCAGGUGGUAGUACCAGAGCCAUCAGUCGAGCCACCACAAGUCCCUGAACCGCCUAGAGUAGAUCGAAUUAGUCCAUUUGAUGGAAUGCAAUUACCGCAGCUAGAGCCAACGGGAGACGAGGCUCCGGCUGUGAUAAGAAUACCUGGCAGAUCACGUGAAAGGUUCGUGCCAGAACCGCCGCGCUACCAGGAGCCCCUCUCAGCAAGCGCACUUAGCAGGGACCAGCUCAUGUUCCUACCGAACAGGGAAAGAACACCCUCGCAAUUCCCAAGACAGCGACUCCAGCCCGAUGCCAGCCCGGAUGCUGAUAUAUCGGAGAUGUCGGAGUCUGAGGCACGAUUUAGAGAGCGCAUGAACUUGGAGAUGGAGGCUGGAGAGAUGCCACUUCUAACAUCCAAGGAUACUAUCCCCAAAGGCCUCGGCGAUCUGAAAAACACCAUCAUCAGGCUCAAUGGAAAGCCUCUGGAAAGGGGCAGUGAUCUACGCAGCAAAAUUAUCAAUGGGAGAUACGUGAGAGGCAAAGGCAAAUUGAUCACUUCCAAAGGGCCGAUAAAUAUCCGAGUGUCACACACUAAAGGAAAAAAAAGAAUGAAAAUUAUAGAUAUCAUAUCCCCGCAGCAAUUUCAUGUUUCUGAUGCAAGGAGUAGGAUAGGAAGACUGCUGAUAAAGGCUGCUAAGAAAAAUGACAUGGUAACGAGUCACUUCACUAAGGGAGGACCUCGAAACAAAGGAAAAGAGGAUGAGAAAACACUGGAUCGCGUAGCAUCCAUGAUAGCCACUCGUCUUCUGCAUACAAACAAGACGGGAAAAACGAGCUUGAAGUCAAGCCUCGAGAAAAUGAACAAAUAAUUUGUGAGCUGCUUAUUAAGGCUAAAUUUCGCUUACAUGUACACUGUAAAUACGAAUUUCAAUAAAACAAGGAAAUGCAUAAA